AUGCGUCGGAACAUACCGCACCUAUUGAACGACAAUGACGUAUACGGCGGCGGCGUGAUAAUUAGUACCAUAACUUUUCAGGUAAGCGAUAUACCCCAGUUCCGAAUACUGGCUCCACAAUUCGUUUGCCCUAAAGAUGAAAAUACUCCUGUAGACAAACCAGACAACACAGUCAUUACGUUGCAAACUGUUUCCGGCGCAGACUUCCCCGUCGCGUGGUCAGUGCGCUGGGCGCAAUUGCCAACACCCACCCAACGCUUCACUAUUAUGUUAUGGAAGGCGGCACGGGCACUCGAGAUACACCUUAACACACCUCCUAAGGAACCUUACGUUUAUGUCAUUGACAAUGCACAGCUCCUACACGGAAUCGACUACAUAUUCAACGUAAGCUCUAUUAACCCAGAUGGUACGGUGUCAACCUCAAAGUCAUUUCACAUCGACAACACAUACGGAGACCAGAAACUGGAUAUGGUUGAAGGCAUAGGUGAUUUACUGUCGAUUGUACUUAUUGGGGAGCAGAAGACGUUCGCGGAUGUGGAAUUUGUUCUUAAUGCACAGGUUACUGCGUGUUUUGCUACACAGGACUAUUAUUUCAUCUGGACGAUUCGAAGCGCAGACUCUCAAAGGCAAGUGUACGUCUCCAGUAUUAGAGGCAGUCGUUUGCGAAUACCCCCUUAUUCGCUACGAGCGGGAAUUUCGUACGACGUGAACUGUGAAGUCAUCAAGGAGAGUACGGGGCAUCGAAUCACGCAGAAUGGACUUCCAAUCCAAGUACUACAAAGGAGCCUAGAAGUAUUUCUCAACGUGGACUACUUAGUGGUUCCAGUGAACAAAGCGUUUAAUAUAGAAGCUUUGGUUAUCAACCACGAUCAUUACCAAGAACCCAUUAGUUUCAGAUGGGACUGCAAAUUUCUUGACGAUCCUUGCGAAUUCGAGAGUGGGGAAAACGGCACUCUGUCUUUUCCAACAGGACUACCAAAUUUGGGACAGUACGAAAUACGGGUAACUGCAAUUGUAAAUGAACAAACCGCUUCAGCUACGGCGACAUUAAGCACAGUGGUAAAUUCAUUACCAGUUAUUCAGCUUGAGCUUACUUGUUUUUGA